CUGGAACAGAAUUAUAUUUCCGACUUGCGGAUCUCAUGGCAGUGUGUUGUUUUUUAUAAAUAUGACAAUUGACAAUAUGAGGUUAUGUUCAAGUUGAUAAUUAUGAAUUUUGAUUUUUAGAAAGCCAUAAUUUUUAAACAGAAUUGAUUGCAUAUAAUAGUGAAAAAAAAAAACUAGCAUCCUGAAAAUGUGUACAUAGUCUUUGUCGCCUCAUUCCCUUUAUGUAUGAAAAUGUUCUAUGACUGCUAGUUCAAGAUUCUAUGGAUUCAUUGCCUAGAGAGAUAUGAGGUGACUAUAGUAGUGGAUGCAUCUUCGAAAUGAAUAAGCAAUUAGUACCUUUGUAUGUAGCUCAUGAUAUUAAAACUCUAGAUGCACUUGUUGAAAAAGAUGAUGCUAUCAGAAAUCUCAAGAAGGUUAAUCGUUUUACGAAUAUUGCCCGCAAGAUGAUGUCGGAAUUACUUCAAUCACAAAAUGACCAAGAAAAGUGUUAUAUCAUUGGAAAAAGAUAUAUUAAUUUAUUGGAUCAUUUGUUCAAGAUUUCUGAUGAUCAAAAUUUCACUAGAUCUCUUUACAUAAAUGACUACCACAAAGUAACACAACUCAUCUCAGAAUUCAAAUCUGAUCUGGAAAAAAGAUACCAUGCUCUUGCUCUACAGCAGCUGCAUUCUAAAUCUGGGGAUGGGGCUGAUAAAGCAGCUAUUCCAAGCAGAUCACCUUCACUCAAAGAUCAAGUUGAAUCUAAGACAAACUUGAAAAUCUCAUCUGGUCCCAGAAACACACCAAUUACCAUACUAGCUGAUUCUAAAAGACAGCUCCCAUCAGCAGGUGAAACAUAUGAUACUUUUAUUGGACCCAAAGAUCUAUUUACAGCACUCAUGCAGAAACAGAAUUUAUUAUUAGUAGACAUUCGCACCCCUAGUGAAUUCAAUGAUACCAGAAUACUGAUAGAAAAUCACCUUGGACAAGGUCAUAUAAUCAAUAUACCAGGGGAUUUUAUCAUCCCUGGGUUAUCUGCUAACACCUUAGGACAAAAACUUGGGCCAGAUGGUCAGGAAAUAUGGGAAAUGAGGGAUAGUUUUCAGAUGAUUGUACUCUUAGACACUUAUACACAAAAGCACAAUUUUGGUGGUUCUAAGCUUGAACGCCUCAGGAGUUUCAUUGUUGAGUGGGAUUUCAAUAGAACUUAUACUCAAGAACCACUUGUCUUAUCAGGAGGUAUAAAAGAGUUUAUCGAAUGGUACCCUACAGAAGUAGGCAACUCGCACUGUUUCCUGUCCCAAACCAAUUCUGAAAUCGAUGAACUCCUCAACUUGGAAAGCAUAUCCUACCCUGAAGCCGGUAGUGGCCUUCAAAUGAACCUGAAACUGCAUGCACUGAGCUCAACCGAAAACAAUAAUGACUUUGGUCCCGAAAUACGCGAAAAUCUAGCUGAACCCUACAAAAGCCCUUCUCAGGAGUCCUUGUUUACCAAUGGCCCUAGUGAAAUCGAGCCCAUACUCUAUGUGGAACCAGGAGUGGACUAUGAAAUCCCUAGCGACAGUAGCUCUGAAGAUGGCAGUGUAGCUGAGAUUAGAGAUAUGGUCGCCGGCAAAAGAGCUGAUUUAUUGCGUCAAGCUAGGCAAGCUGCUAAACCAAAGGCAUCUGGAGCAGCUGAUGAUAAGAGACAGUUGCAAAAAGGAAAUAGAGAUGACAGUAAAAGUACAGUGACCAUAAGGAAGCUCAGGUCCAAAAUUCCUAGUGCUCCUAGUAUAGAUCGCUCAUUCAAGCCAAUCAUCCCAGAUAAUAGAAAAACAUAUGGUGAAGGAUACUGUGGGCUGAGGAAUGUGAAAAAUAUAUGCUACAUGAACUCUAUAUUGCAAUGCAUGAAAGUUGUACCAGUUAUUAAAGGGGCUUUUGUGACGAGCGAUCGUUACGCUUAUUCUACAACGCUGAAGCCUCCAAGGAUAAACCCUCAAAUGGCUCAGGUCAUGAGAGAAUUAUGGGGUGGAACUCCAGACAACCCCAAACACUACUUCAUCGAGCCUUUCAAAAGAAAGCUGUGCGAAACGGCCCCGAACUUCGACAGAGGCAACCACGAGGACGCGUUCGAGUUCUUUAUUUUCCUUUUCAACUUGAUCAGCGACGACUGUUCAUUCGACUUGUCUCCUCCGCCCGUCAUGACCGAGAGCCAGAAAGCCUGGUUCGGGCACCUCCAAGGGCGCAGCUCGUUCCUAAUAGACGCCUUUUACUACCAGCUGAAGAACACCAAGACUUGCUAUUAUUGCCGAAGAACUUACUUGUCCUUCGACACUGACAGCACUCUUAUGUUGGCUAUGGAUAACGCCGCGUGCUCCCUUCAACCGAUGAUCGAAGAGUAUAUGAAAGACAAUCGGGUUCAGGAUUAUUCUUGCUCUGAUUGCAAAUCCACUUCCUCCAUUCUCAAUAGGAAGGAGAUCGUUGUUGAUCCUGAGGUGCUUGUUAUCAUCUUGAAGAGAUACUUGAUCAAUGCUGAUGGGACAUCGCGCAAAAAUGACAAUGAAAUCGAUUUCCCUCUGAAGGGCCUAAAGUUCGGCAAGUCUGUCUAUGAUUGCUGUGGGGUGGUCCAGCAUUCAGGAAAUACUAGUCAUGGCCAUUAUUUCGCCACUGUGCUCCUGGAUGCAAAGACCAAUGACUGGGUGUUGUUCAAUGAUGAUGUGGUAACCAGAUAUUCUACAGUUGUCAAUGAGACGUUUGGAGUUAGAGCUUCAGCUGCCGGGUUCUUCUACAUUCGCCGAUCCUGAAGUUAUGUGAUAUUUCAAGGCUCCAUUCCAAAGCAAGGGUAUUAUUUUAUAUACAGGGUGAUUUUCCAAGGUGGCUCACCCCUUUAACUUUUUUAUUAUUGAAGGUAAUUGAACGAAAUUUGGGGGUUGUCAAUUAUAGUUGAAUUGACAUUUUUUGACAUUAAUGGAAACACCCCUGUAUCUUAUGUAAUCGUUGGGUAAGGAUCCUGAAAUUUGCUGGGAGCGAGAGAUAUACCAAAAAUGCACUCUAUGACCAAGCGGGGCCAUCUUCAGUGAUAUACACUGCUCGCCAACAGCCAUGGAACCAACCCAAUUUCCAGAAAAUGAUAUUAGAAGUCAAAAUAGGUUGAAAAUCACUUCGGAUUCGGAAUCAGGACGCCCAAUUCACUGACUAUUCAUAGUUUUCCUAAAAAAAUUUCAGUGCAGAAAAAUGAAAUUUUGUCUCACUUCUCAUGGAAGCAGCCCUGUAUCUCACGUAAUUAUUGAGGUAGGAUUCUGAAAUUUGCAGGAGGAAGGGAAAGCACAAAGAUGAAGUCAAUUACGAAAGAUACGGGGGUGCUUCCGUAAAAAGUGCGA